AUGCCUUCCGCCUUCCGCAUCCCCGACCACAGCACGGUCGAGAGACGACGGGAGCGGAGGAGGAUUCGGUGCUCAGCUAAGACGGUCCGCAUUCUGUGCUUGCAGUACCGCAGCUUGGCGAAUCUGACAGAAACCUGGAUUUGUGAUCGAGGCGGUCAGCCGGGUCGUAACUCGGAGAAUACUGUAAUGAGUCGGCCCAAGAGGAGAGAGGAAAACAGCGCUCCGCGUCGAAGAUGCCUCCACGCAUCUCUCGUAUUAAUUGCCCGCGCAGGGCGAAAAUGUUCGAGCGACAAGGUGCAUUCACGCCCAACGAGUAGGAGACCUGCUUGGUACGUAAGACACGAGGAAAAAGCAUUGCAAGCAUGCAGCUCGAGCGAGUGGGACAAUCCCAAAAUAUAUACUGUACCCAACCCACCCUUUCGGCGGUUCGCGGGCGCCUACGCGCGUGUGUUGCAAUGCCUGGCGCGCGGAGCGAGAAACCUGGGAGCUGACGUGGGGAAACGAUGGUGUUGUUACACCCGAGUCAGACGCCUUGCUGAAGCGCUUACCCUGCGGCAACUGUGUGUCCGCGUUGCCAUCGCCCGCGCGGCUCCACAGGUUCGUCAAGGGUCUCCAACUCCACAGGUGGGUAUCGCAUCGGAUCUCAACCGAUCGGAAGUUCCGCCCCGCGAUUUUGAUGGUGGAGGUCCGUAUUUUCGUGUUACUGAAUGUCUACGUCCUCUGAAAGGAUGA